AUGGGCAAUGUCGAUGAUGACGAUGACGAUGGGGCGCACCGCACCGGGACGGUUCACCCCACGCCCGUUCCCUCCAACUUCAACUUCGACUUCAACUUCGACUUCAACUUCAACUUCAACUUCAACUUCAACUUCAACUUCAACUUCAACGAGAACCGCUCUAGACCCAUCGAUGCAACCGACAGCCCGAGAGCCGCCCUUCGGGAGAGCUCACCUGCCCUGCUCCGUCUCUUCAAGAGCGCGUUCUGCCUGAAGAUAUUGCGGCAUUACACGACGCGUUGGGCGCUGCCGUGCUGCGAUAUUAUCCACAAUCCAGCACCCCACGACCAUUCCAACAACCUGGUUGGCAUGCAAGGACAACUACGCAGCGCAUAA